CAAGAGUUCAGGAUCCGUUUUUUUUUGAAUAUCAAAAGGAAGGAAGGAAGGAAGGGGAAGGGAGGGGAGGGAGGGAGCGAGAGAGAGAGAGAUGGCUCCCAAAGUUCUCAUGGUAGCCGAGAAGCCCAGUAUUGCUGUCUCCAUUGCCUCUGUUCUUUCUGGUGGCCAAAUGUCAACAAGAAGGGGCAGUACUGAGGUCCAUGAAUUUGAUGGAAUGUUUCAGGGAUUUUCUGCUCAUUAUAAAGUCACAUCAGUCAUCGGCCAUGUUUUCAGUGUAGAUUUUCCUGCAGCUUUUCAAGAUUGGACAGUUACAGAUCCUCUUGAUCUUUUCCAAGCUCCAGUGCUUAAGACAGAAUCAAAUCCAAAGGCUCAUAUACGCAGACAUUUAAGCCAAGAAGCUCGUGGUUCUAGUCAUCUAGUGUUAUGGUUGGAUUGCGAUCGAGAGGGAGAAAAUAUAUGCUUUGAAGUGAUCGAGUGUACUGGAUUUCAUGUCAAAGAGGGUAGAAGAGUUUAUCGUGCAAGGUUUUCUUCUGUUACGGAGAAAGAUAUCAUGAAGGCUAUGAGCAACCUUGUUGAACCCAACAAAGAUGAGGCACUAGCUGUAGAUGCUCGCCAGGAGAUAGACUUGAAAGUUGGAGUUGCAUUUACUCGAUUUCAGACUAAUUAUUUCCAAGGAAAAUAUGGGAAUCUUGAUUCCAGAGUCAUCUCCUACGGGCCUUGCCAAACGCCUACACUUGGAUUUUGUGUGCAACGUUACUUGCAAAUAACUACCUUUAAGCCUGAAAAGUUCUGGGCUGUGCACCCUUACAUAAUUCAUAAUGGCUAUGAACUCAAGUUAGAAUGGGAACGCAAUAAGCUGUUUGACUCAAAUGUUGCUGAGAUGUUCCAAAAGUUGAUAAUGGAGGAUGGGGUUGUGGAAGUAACUGGCAUAUCUGAAAAGCAAGAGUCCAAAACUCGGCCUUCUGGUCUUAAUACAGUGAAUCUUUUGAAGGUUGCUUCAAGCGCAUUGGGCAUUGGACCCCAAUUGGCUAUGCAGUUGGCUGAGCGCUUGUAUACACAAGGUUUCAUCAGCUAUCCACGUACUGAGAGCACAGCAUACCCUUCUUCAUUUGAGUUUAGAGGCAUACUUGGAGCUCUAGUAUGUAGCCCAUCUUGGGGUAGUUAUGCACAAUCACUGCUAGCUGAUGGUUAUCUGAAGCCGCGAUCAGGGACAGAUGCAGGUGACCACCCUCCCAUUACACCGAUCCUCUCAGCCUCAGAGGACAUGCUUGGAAGCGAUGCUUGGAGGCUUUAUCAAUAUGUCUGUCAGCAUUUUCUAGGAACUGUAUCCCCUGACUGCAAAUUUGUAAGGACAACAAUUGAAUUUUCAGUUGGUGGAGAAUUCUUUCAUAUUGUCGGACAACAUGUGACAAUCAAGGGAUAUACACGUAUAAUGCCAUGGUUGGCUGUAAAGGAAAACAAUCUUCCCCAGUUUACAAAAGGGGAGAAAGUGAAAAUUUCAAAAGUUGAUCUAUAUGAGGGUGAGACUGUGCCCCCGGAUUAUCUUAGCGAGAGCGAGCUUAUCUCUCUAAUGGAGAAGAAUGGAAUAGGGACGGAUGCAUCAAUUGCUGUGCAUAUCAACAACAUAUGUGAAAGGAACUAUGUUCAGGUGCAGGCUGGAAGAAAGUUGGUUCCAACUGCUUUAGGCAUCAGCCUAAUAAGAGGCUAUCAAUGUAUUGAUCCAGAUCUUUGUUUGCCUGACAUUCGGAGUUUUAUUGAGCAACAGAUCACUCUUGUUGCUAAGGGUCAAGCAGAUCAUUGUCUUGUUGUGCAGCAUGUAAUACAACAAUUCAAGAGGAAGUUCAGCUACUUUGUUAAGCAGAUUGACAACAUGGAUGCAUUGUUUGAAGCACAAUUUUCUCCGCUAUCAGAUUCUGGACGUUUGCUAAGUAAAUGUGGGAAAUGCCUUCGUUACAUGAAGUUCAUCUCUACCCAGCCCUCACGACUAUUCUGCAGUACUUGCGAAGAAGUUUAUUAUGUUCCUCAGAAGGGUGCGAUAAAGCUAUACAAAGAACUUACUUGCCCCUUGGACAACUUUGAACUUCUGAUAUUCUCCUUUCCUGGGCCCGAAGGAAAGACAUUUCCUUUUUGCCCUUACUGCUACAAUAGCCCUCCAUUUGAAGGUAUAGGAAGCCUCUUUGGUGCUUCUAAAGCCGGUGGUUCUGUCCAAUUGGGAAAGGGAGCUGGCAUGCCUUGUUUCCUCUGUCCUCACCCCACAUGCCAGCAUUCUUUCAUAGCCCAAGGUGUUUGUGCUUGCCCUGAAUGCAACGGAACCCUAGUGCUUGAUCCAGUAAGUGCUCCCAAAUGGAGGCUUUACUGCAAUAUGUGCAAUUGCCUUGUUUUCCUUCCAGAAGGGGCUCAUCGGAUUACCACAACAGAGGAAAGGUGUGUCGAAUGUGACUCGACCAUCAUUGAAGUAGACUUUAAUAAGAAAACAACACCUCUGAAGGAUGGAACCACAUUGUAUAGUGGGUGCAUUCUUUGUGAUGAAUUGCUGCAUUCGCUCGUGGAGAUGAAGUAUGGUAAAUCUUUCUCCAAACGCAUAGGAGGCAGAGGCCGAAUGAGGGGUAAAGGAAGAGGUGGACGAGGACGAGGCGGAAGGAAACCAGAAGACCCUAAAAUGAGUUUUAGGGGUUUCUGAUAGUUCUUUUAUGGACUAUUACUAUUUCAAGAAGUAGUUUAACAACUACCAUGCGUCUCGACAUUCUAAAUGGCAGUUUCUAAAUUAACAGAUUUUCAAAAACCCAUUUUGGAUGAAUGAAAGAAACCUCUAUGAAUACUGUAUGCUUGAAUGAUGUUGUGAAGGAGAAGGAAAAGGAAAUGAAAAACGAAGGGUAAAUUGCUAAAUUAGUAUACAUUAGUUUGGAUGCUUUGAGAAACUUAGAACAUAGGACUACAAGUGAAACCUUUUUUCAUAAAGGCCAUGAAUUCAAGAUUUACAGUGAUGUGAGGUUUCAAAGCUAUGGAAAGUUAGCAUUACCUAA